UUUUUGGGAGAAUAAGCAAAGAGAAAAGAGAACUAAUUUUCUUGAGGAAUGUAAUUUUUGUUCAUAAUUUCAAAAAAGAACAUACAAAUUUUUCGUCUUGUUUGCCAUUAAUACUCCACAUUUGAUUAAAAAAUUUUGGAGGAAACGCAACGUUUUAUUAGAGGAGUUCAGUAAAUGUUAGGAAUUACAACAACUUACAAAGCAUUUUUGAAAAAUUUAAAGUGACUUUUUUUUCCAUUAGUCAAUUUUUUGAACUGAGAGUGUUGAAUUGUGUUUAAUUUAAGCAAAUAAUACCUUAAAUAGACAAAUACAGUUUAAAAAUACGCUGAUAACACCUCAAAAUACUACAGAAAUAGUUAAAAGUUUAUUAUUUAAUAAAACAAAUAACCACUGAAAGCAACUAAAAACUAUAAGAACAGCAACAACAACAUGUCAUCAUCAACGGCUCCCAUUAUAGCCAGUUCUAGUUCGACAAUGAGUUUGCCAUCCCGUGAAAUGACUGAUAAUCGUUUGUUUCAGUUUUAUUUGGAAAGUUUCUUCAAAAUUCCCAAAGACAUUAGCCAUGAUAUAAUCUAUUGCCAAAGAGCUUUGAAGGCUCACAUCAAGGUUCAUCAGAUGGUUUUGGAUGUCUUUCAACAACAACCAGAUGCAGAUCCCCAACAAAAGAAACGCAUUCUCGAUGAACUGGAAGGGGAAAUUUAUGAAAUCAAUGCUGAACAAAACUUUCUAUUCUUACGUCUCAGACGCAUUAUAGAUGAAUUUAUGAAAAUGUUAAAGAAAAAUGACAUACCAACUGAUGCCACCACCACCAAUGCCUUUGUGUCCAAAGAACUGGUACCCCUAAUUAACGAUACUACUUUGGAAAUUAUACCCACAACUGUAAUCUCUCGCAGUAGCGAGGAGAAAUUAAUCGAAAAAUAUUUCGAAGUUCAAAAGGAUACAAAACCUGAACCAGUUUAUGAACAUAUGGAAAUUAUUGAUUUAGACGAUGAUGAUGACAGCAAAGUUGUGGUAAAGAAGAAAAUUGAAAAAGCUCAUGGCAGUCGGAUAGAGCGCAUUAACAAUGCCGCUGUAACGGGUGAAAGUUUAUUGAAAAAUUUUCAAGGUAAUAUGGCGACUCAGCCUUCAUUGCUGAAACCCUUCAAUCAAAGAAUGACCCAUGAUUUGAUGACUUUGGAUGUUAAGCCUAAUACUGCUAAACCUGUAAAAACUUUGGGUGAUCUUUACAAAAAGAAAAAAGAGGAGAAGGUGAUUAAUCAAAGAAUGGCUCAAGAGUUAAUGGCGGUGGAUGUUAAGCCUAACAUUAUUAAACCGCUGAAAACCUUGGGUGAUCUUUACCAGCAAAAAAAAGAGGAAAAGGAUAAAGACUUCGAGUUGCCGGUAUCCACAAAUGUUAAAAUGAGUCGUAUGAAUUUGAGACAAGCUCUUAAACGUGCCCAAGCCGCUGUUAGAGGACCCACCAGUAACACAAUACCAGCACCACCUCCACCACCUCCAGCACCCGUUGCACCAGCACCAGUUGCUGCUACAGAAGUGGUUGUGAAGAAGUCUAAUGCCGCUAAAACUAGAGCUACUCGUGCUGCCGCCGCCGCAGCAGCUGCUACAGCUUCAGCCUCUUCAUCUGGUUCCCAGAAAUCACCCGAAAGAAGUUCUUCAUCUGAGGAAGGUACCCCAGAACGUGGCCAUACACCACCUCAUAACUAUUGGCCCGAUGAAUUUGAGGAGACUCGCACUAAGGCCGAAGAAUAUGGCCAGGAAAUGUUUUUGAGAUUGUUCGAUUUGUUUACACCCGAAGUAAAUGCUCAAUUGCAGCAAAGACGUUCGAAGAGACGUAGACGUUGUGUACAGAAUAACAGUUAUCAUUAUGGCAGGAUUGAGCAUCAUCCUGCUUCAUCACUAAAUGAACCAGAUAACAAAAAGAAACGCAAAGCUUUUCUUUUGUCGCCUCAGGUUAAAAAGGCCAUACCAGCUAAACGCACUAAAAGACGUAGUGCCGACAAUGUGUCUGAAGCAAAUUCAGCACCAACUUCACGUUCUGCCUCUAGAUCACCAGAUGACAAACGUUCAUGCAAUGAGUGUCUAAAGACUGGUAUUAGUCUAGAGCAAUGUGAAGAAUGUAAAUUAUACUAUCAUGCCCAGUGUCAUCGCGAAGAAGACGAUCCCAUGAUUACAAAUGAUCCCAAAAAAAACUUAAAUGAUUUGAAAAAAUGUCCAGGCUGUAAAAGAAAACAUGAUAAAGCUAUAAAAGAUGAAUUCUUGCUACAUAAAAAACUGCAGUGUAGUGCCCAAGAUUUGGAAUUGCAAUUAGCUAAAGAGAAGGAUCGUAAUGAAAUUCUGCAAAGAACUGGCAAAUCCUAUAAAAUACAAAUGAAUAAUAUAUUUAAAAUAGUUAAUUCAUUUAAAACUGAAUCAUCUACCUCUAAAUCUAAAUCUGCCGAUGUAAAUGUUGUCUAUGACUUGGACAAAAUAUUGUAGAUGAUGAUGUCAUACAAUUGGCAGAAAAUAGCAUAUUGUAAAUGCUGCGUAUAAACUUAAGAAUAGUUUGUAUACAACAUUAAUUUGUAGAAAUUUAAGUUUUUAAUUACCCUAUUGCUACUAACAUACAAUAUAUUAUU